CCUGACAAGACUUCUCCGUGAUCCUAGGCAAAGUGCCAGUAAUUUGGUAAUACUCUGCGUUUUGGAUUAUGUAAUCAUCAUGCGUUUCGCGAUGCAGUGUUAAUAGCCACUUUGGGAUACACUAUCGUUUAGGAAGUAUGGAAUUACAGACUCUCAAUGAUGCUGGAAGGUGAUUUCAAACUAGUUUCUGCAAAGAAAAGAUCAAACAAGUCUGCCCAGAGGAAAGAGUCUACAAUAACACGCAGUCAGUUGACUGGCAUUCCUGAUAUUAAUAAAGAAUCUGCAAUAAGAAGGAUAGAAUUCGCGAAAGAAGAAAUUCAGGAAUCAGAUUUCUAUACAGCAGUUCGAGUAGUGCUACUUCAGGGACUGAAAUUGCUGAACAGCUCUGAAAUUAAAGAAAUUAUUUGUUAUGGACUUGGACAUGUGGCAGAAUGCAUGACAUCCAGAUAUCAACUAGGCCUGCUACUUUUACUGAAAGACAAUUUUAAUUCUGAAGUGUACAUUCAUGAUCCUGUUUUCUAUUCUGCAGAGUGUGAGCUGCUCAGAGAUCUAAAUUUCCAGUUGAUUACAGAGAAUGAAGAAGGGAAGCGUAAGCUGAAACCAUCUGUAACGACGCUGGUUUAUUUGCCCCACUGCCCUAAACAGAUAACAAAUAAUUUCUUGUGGGCUAAUUGGGGUCCACAGCUUACAAACUGCCUCCUGUUUUGUAAUAGUUUCAAUAAAAUUGUAGAAACAAAUCCAAAGACAGUACUGUAUACAAGUGUAAGUUAUAUAUUAAAUAUAUUUCCACAUACUGAAGAGUUUGGGGUGAUAAAUUCAUUUCAGUACAAGGAAAUAUUUAAUGACUUGGCUAUACACGUGUUUCCUCAGAAGAAACUUGAUUUAGUGGCAUCCGAUCUUUGGAACUAUUGUGAAGAGCCGAAGUAUUCAGCUGAUGAUACAGAAUUCAUAACCAAUAAAUUACAGUCUGCUCUGAGGUUAAAUAGCUGACACAAUUGGGCAAGAACUUUUAAUAUGGGAGGCCCAGGAUUAAGGAUUCUUCGCCAGCUUUUAUCAGAAUUGCGCCACAUGAGCUUUGAUGGUAAUUUACAAGAUUCCUUAUUGAAGAAAUACAUUUUGCAACAGUAUCG